UCAUCACCGUCUCCCCAUUAAACUUGAUUAUAUAUAUUGUGAUGAUCAUUAGGGUUCAGCCCAAACUAACCCCUUGCUUAAGAGAGCUUGAGCUCAGCUCAUCCCCAUGAUCACUAACCCCAGAAAUCUAAUUAAAGUCGGUCGGUAUUGGGUGUGGACCAGCCUGGAGGAUCCGAGGAGAGAGAGAUAAGGACAUGCCCAAGAGGAAAGGAGAGAAGCUGUCUGCUGUUCUGAGGAAACGACCCUUCCAUUCAUCCAUUAACAUCAUCUCCUCCCUCCUGACUCCGAACCCACCCACCUGUUCCCCCCAUUCCCCCCCCCCCCCCCCCUCUCUCUCUCUCUCUCUCUCUCCCCUUAUGUGCUCUAAGCUCCUUCAUCAACCUUGAGACUUUCAUGGAACUUCUGAAUCAGCCUUCACCUCUCUCAGUUCUUGACCAGCAGGUGAGUAAGUAGAGCAGUAGCCAGGUCUAAGGGCAAGUACUCUCCUGUCCAUGUGUCUCCAUCACCAAGUUGGUUCAGCAUGGAAAGACGACAACUAAAACAACCCCUAGAUCACCUGAUCCACCCCUACAACAGUACUACUACUAAUCAGUACCACAACCAGCAGCAGGAGCAGCAGCAAUCACAUGAUCAUCAAACCCUAGAUCCAGUCCCCUCGGGGGCUUCCCCCCGGACGCCGCGGACGGGUUCGAUUCGAUACAGAGAAUGCCUCAAGAACCACGCAGCCAAGAUGGGCGGUCAUGUGACGGACGGGUGCGGUGAGUUCAUGCCCAGCGGGGAGGAGGAUUGCGGGCCUGACUUCUUCAAGUGCGCCGCCUGUGGCUGCCACCGGAACUUCCACAGGAAGGAGCCGGUUGGGGUUGGGAUCCGCCAUCUUGACCCCGCCCACAAGGCUGCUAUCGAUCGGAUGUUUUCACCUUCCUCGGCACACCCCCCGGUGAUGAUGACUUUUGGUGGCGGGGCGGAGUCGUCGAGCGAAGAUAGGGAUCUGAUGUUCCGGUCCGAUGGUGGAUAUCAAGGUUUGCCCUCUGAGGCCCACAAGAAGCGGUUCCGGACCAAGUUCAAGACCGAGCAGAAGGAGGCAAUGGCGGAGUUUGCGGAGAAGAUCGGGUGGAAGAUCCAGAAGGAGGACGAGCAAGAGAUAAUGCAGUUUUGCGCAAAGGUCGGCGUGAAGAGGCAAGUGUUCAAGGUUUGGAUGCACAAUAACAAGCUGAAAAGGAAGAAAAAGGAGCAACAGGAAUUGUAAGCUACUUAUGAGUUCAAUUCUUUAGUGUCUCAUGUUCCAUUGCCAUGAUGAACAUCAAAUGGAGUUGAGAUUGGCAAAUCUUUUCA